UGUGUCUUCCUGACAUUGGCCACAGAAAGGUGAAGCAGGGGUCAUUUUAAUUUCAGGGGAUUAGGGCUUGAACUUUGAAUCUCAAGGCGAGGGCAUCCAUCUCCGCUCAUGUCUAUCACAGAUCUCCGAUGACUUGGCUGUCAUUUCUGUUUUUGUCGGAAUCUGAUUAACAGCGGGCUUUCUUUCCCUUUCGUCUGGUGCGGGGUGCUGAAGGAGCUUGAGAAUGGCAGGUGCAGCCAUUGUUGACGCUGAUGUUGGAGUUAGUAAUGAGGACCGACAACCGAACUGUCAUGCUCGCCCUAGAAAUAUCCGGAAGAGGAAAAGGCUCGCCUUAUCGCUGGUAAAUCUGAGCGCCAAAGAGAAAGAAGCCCACAUCAAAGCCCUUCAGAAGGAACUUGACGGACUUUUGGAAUACUACAAGGAGGUCAAGGAUCAAAAAGUGGACGUCGAACUGAGCGAGUGUGCUUCGAGGAAUGCGGUAAUCGCUGUUUUAAUGGAAGAGAGCGAGCUUCCCUUGUCGAGGCUUGUUGACCAAAUUUACGGCAAGUUAAAUAGGGCAGAGAACGGGCUUGCGUUCGAUCCGGUGACAUAUGCGUCGGUGAAAAGUAGUGUGCUUUUCGUGGGCCAGAGGCUGAUGUAUGGUGUGCCCAAUGCUGAUGCUGAUGUACUGGAGGACGAUUCUGAGUCAUGUUUUUGGUGUUGGGAGACUCGAGAUGUGAAAUUGAUACCAGUUUCUGUUCGAAAACAGUUCACUGUUCGGAGAACCUGCCGCAGAAAGAUCCAUGAGAGAAUUAUGGCCGUUUCUGAAAUGAUAACUAUGCUGAUGAAGCCAGAGGGUGAACAGAUAUCCAAACAGAGCUUAAUAAAGGCGUCAGAGAAGCUUGAUAAAGCCUUAACUGAACCAGAUAUCCGCUUGUUAGUGGAUGGCUUACAGCAGAAGAACAGUGUUGACAUGGCUAAAAGGGAAGCAAGGAGAGAAGAGAAAUUGCUACUUAAACAGUUGGAAAGAAAUAGAAGAGGGAUUGAAAACGAGAACAAAGACACUGUCCAUGGAAUGCAAAGGGAAAUGUUGCCUGGUGAAAAUGUUCCACAAAGAGAGGCAAGAAAAGAUGAAAGAUGUGAAAAUGAUGGAUUUGAAAAGAGGAAACAGCACAGAAAGCAGAUAGAGGAUGGUGACAAGGAUCAACGGCGUCAACAGAAAGAAGAAGCUGAAUUGAAAAAGAAGCGUUCAUUACAAAAGCAAGCCUCUAUAAUGGAGCGCUUUCUUAAAAGAAGCAAAACCAGCCCCUCAUGCAAGAGUGACUUGUUCUCAGCUAAAGCAAACAUGUCUAAAUCAUCAAAUAGAGACGGUGAAAGUUUGUCUGGGUCCAUUACACAAUCAAUGGAUCAUAGUCUUGCAUCAAGUAGUGAGAUUAGUAUUGAGGAUCUUCGUAAGUUGCAUUUUUCUUCAUGGCACAGUUUAGGUCAGUCAAUUUGUUCAAACAGAAAAUUUUGCUGGGGCUUACGUCAGAAGCCUAAGAUUGAACUUUUUAAGGAGCUUAAGCUGAUGACUACUAGAGUAAUAGCUCCUUAUGAUGAGCUAGGCGUGGAGAAGCAAGUAGAUGGAUUGAGAGGAAAUAAUUCUGACAUCUUAACAUGCAUGAUGAAUCCGGAUGAUUCUCUGCUGGAAAUCAAGAGGUGCUGUCAUGGAAAACAGUUGCUACAGUUUGAUAAUAGCCAUAAACCUGCCUUUUAUGGUAUGUGGCCCAAGAAAAGUCAUGUUGUUGGGCCACGCCAUCCUUUCAGAAAGGACCCAAGCCUGGAUUACGAUAUCAGCAGUGAUGAGGAAUGGGAAGAGGAGGAUCCUGGUGAAAGUCUUUCAGAUUGUGACAAAGAUGAAGAAAACAGUUUAGAGGAAGGUUCAAAAUCUGAUGAUGAAAGUGAAGAUGGAUUUUUUGUACCUGAUGGAUAUCUCUCUGAAGAUGAGGGUGCACAAGCGGAUAGAUUAGAAGCAGAUUAUGAAAUUGACAUUGAGGGCACUGGAAGCUCAACCGGAUGUAAAGAUAUAGAAAUUGAGUUCUGUACGGUUCUUCAUCAGCAGAAAUAUCUGAACAAUUUGACAGAGCAUGCUCUUAGAAAAAAUCAGCCCUUGAUAAUAACAAAUUUGAUGCGUGAUAAGGACUUUAUGUUAUUGAGUCACAAUCUUAGUGCUAACCCUAAGCCAGAGUUUGUGAGCUUGCAAGCCUUGAGCAUGCGCUUAAUCCCUGGUAGCUCAUGCAUAGAAAUAUGCAUGGAUAAAAUGCAAGAUGAGGACCAAGAAAUCUGCCUCUCUAAUGGUAAAAGUGCUGCUGCAAACUAUUUCAUGGAGGAAAUUUCAGAGUCAGACCUACCUGUCUUUGUUACUGCUAUUCAGACUUGUUCUGAGGACAUAAAUAAGGUGUUAGAGUCUUUGCAACACAAGUUCCCUGCUGUCUCGAAGUCUUUUCUGAGAAGUAAAGUGCGUGAAGUAUCAAAUUAUGUUGAUAACCGUCUGCAGGUAAAGAAAGAAAUUUUGAUUAAGCUUGGCUUGGCAUUCUGCCCUGGAAAGAGCAGCAGGGGAGCCAGGAGUAUCACUACCUUUUUUUCGAAAAGGUGUUUGCCUCCUACUGGCGAAAGCGUGAGCCCCGGUGAAACUUCACUCUAGUCCUUUGUGAAUAAUACUUAACUAUUUUUUUUUUCUUAAAACCUUUUUGUAAGUUCAGGUUGGACUUCGCAGAAACUUCAUAAAAACGAUAUCAUAGUUCAGGUUCUUUUGAGUAA